UAUAAUUAUGUUUUUCAUACAAUGUAGUUUGAUUUCCUUAAGUCUAAAUAAGUUUUUUUUUCUCGUCUAGAUGUCGUUUGAGUUACAUCCUAAUGCUAAACAUCCUAUCCUAAUGUCUGCAUCAAGAAAGUACCGAACUUUUAAAACCACAUUCACUCAGAAGUAUAUACUUUUUGUUUAAGGAUCAACCAUAACGCUUGCAGUUUCCUCCUAAAAUUUAUUCUCAUGUUAAUCAAGAAGAUUGGGACUCCUUUAUAGAUGCUAGAUUAACUAAAGAAUGAGAGGUAAAUAAAUAUAAUUGCAUGUUAACUUUAAUAUUUUUUUGGUAUGUAACUACAAACUAAUGCUUUCUACAGGAUUAUAGUCGUAUUCAAAGGGAAAGGAGGUCAAAAUGUGUAUACAAUCAUCACGUUGCUCGUAAGGGAUAUGUGAAUCUUGUCAACGAAAUAGUGAGUCUUUCUAAUUGAAUAAAAUAAUUUAUCUUAAUAUGUUAUUCUAUAUAAGUAUAUAUAUUUGGUUACAGAAUAUGACGUGUGAUGUUUCCUAUCGUUCAACUCUUUGGAAAGAAGCAUGGAAAGGAAAUAAUAACAAUGAUUAUUUUGAUGAUGCUACUCGAGAUUGUGUCUCUCGGAUUGAUGCAUUAGUCGCAACACAUAAAGAUGAGGACAUAUUGACUAAAGUAUUGGGCUCUAAGGAGUACGGUGGACGUGUCAGAGGCGUGGGUGGUUUUGUCUCUCAAUCACAAUAUUUCAAAAUAGUGAAAGGGAAAGAGAAAAUGAUAAGUCCUGAAGUUGAAAUAUGUCAUAAAGAAGAUGACUCAAGAAGCAAAAGUUACAAGAAGAGUCUUAAUCACUCGAGAUCGUCCAUCAAAAUUGUUAGCAUAGAUCUCAAUGCCAAUGAGGAGUUGGGCAACACACCUAGCAAUGAAGGAGUGGAGAUAAUUAACUCUGUUGUCAGUUUUCAAAUUUUAAUGUUAUAAGCUCAAUUGUUCUUAACGAUGCUUUUAAUACUUGUAAAGGGAACACCAUGCAAAUU